CCUGAUUCGAGUUAAACUGUUAUUGUUAAAUAUUUAGUUUAUGAUUUUUUAUGUCAAUUUCAAACUAUUUUAUUAAUUAAACCUACAUAAUUAGUUAUUAGAAAAUUGAAAGGAUAAUGAAGCCAUAUUAUAUGAUAUAUCUAUUGGAUGAUAAUCUUACUACUAAUAAUAUAAUAUUGGACUAAAAGAACUAAGUAUAAAGUUAUCAAUUUUGAGAAAAUAAUUAUUACAAGAUGCCAUUAAUCCAAGUAGAUGUAAAAAUGUUACCAAUGAAAGUGCACUACUUUCUGUUUAUGGGAGGUGUUGCUCCAAUGACAUCUUUUUUACCAACAAUUGCGAAACAAUUGGGAUAUUCUACGAUUGUAGUUGGUACAAUCUAUAGUAUUUUACCAAUUUUAAGUUUAAUAAUAAAACCCAUAAUUGGUGCAAUUGUGGACCAUUUCCGGGUUAAGAAAUUAAUAUUCUUAGCGUUCAUAUUAUUAUCCGGCCUAACAGCAUUUUCACUGAUGUUUGUACCUUCAAUACCUUUGGACUCUUCAGUAGAACUAAAUUGCAAUUCUGCCACAUAUUUAAAUGUUUGUUCCGAGGAUAAUGUACCUUUGUCGAAGUGUUCCUCUAAACGAGUUAAUGAUGUUAAUGGCGGUAAAUUUGGUUGCGAUUUAAAAUGUGAGAACAGUGUUCAUUUUCGUAGUGAAAUGUGCUCAAAUUGGGGAUUUAAAGACUAUUGCCAAUUAUCAAAUUCGUCUAUUGUUAAUGCUAUUGAAUAUUAUGAACCAAACACUUCACAAAUAAUUAGACAAAGAUCAAAUAAAAAUUAUUAUAAUGAUGAUUAUGUUUACUUAUCUGCAACGUUAGAAAUGAACCAUUCUGUUAAUGUUGAUAAUUGUUUUUACUUCCGAAUAUCAUAUGCAAGUUUCUAUUUUAAUUAUUCUGAAGUAGUUAAUCACACACCAGUUUGUAAUAGAAGCUUAAGAUCACAAUGCCAAGUACAAUGUAACUCUGAAGUCAUAAUGGAUUUAAUAACCCCCCAAAAGUAUAAAGGCAGUGUCUUGGAAUUAAGUCAUUUCUGGAUAUUUUUUUUGUUAGUUAGUCUGUUUUGGGUUUGUCAAGCGAUUAUUUAUAGUCUUGGUGAUUCUAUUUGCUUCGAUCAACUAGGUAACAAGCCUAAUCUAUAUGGAAAACAAAGAUGCUGGGGUGCUAUUGGAUGGGGAAUUUUUUCAAUAUUUGCUGGAUGGCUCUUAGAUAUUUUUAGUUCCAGUGAAGUAAAUAAAAACUAUUUACCAAUAUACUAUUUAUGUUUACUGGUACUACUUGGCAACUUUGUUGUUGCAUCAAAACUUAAAGUGACAGAAACAAAAAUAUCAACUAAUAUAUGUAAAGAUUUUGGAAAACUGUUAGUGGAAGUCAAGGUACUAGGAUUUCUUAUUUGGGCAAUAGUAGUUGGAAUUUGCACUGGAAUGAUUUGGCAAUAUCUUUUUUGGUACAUUGAAGAUGUAGCUUCUAUGAAUGAGUGUAAUACUCAACGUUGGAUUAAAACACUGCAAGGUUUAGUAUCAGGAGUUCAAUGUUUUGGAGGUGAAGUUCCAUUCUUUUUCUGGUCAGGCUGGAUUAUGAAACGUUUGGGACACUUGAACUGUAUGUCUCUUGUUUUGGGAGUUUUUGCAUUUAGAUUUUUUGCUUAUUCUGUUCUUAUAAAUCCAAUUUGGGUACUCGUUAUUGAGUUAACUAAUGGAAUUACUUUUGGAUUGGCAUAUGCUGUACUCAUGUCUUAUGCUAGUAUACUUGCUCUACCCGGUAGCGAAAGUACUAUGAUAGGACUUGUUGGUGGAGUUUUUGAAGGCAUAGGUGUGUCUUUGGGUAGUCUAAUAGGUGGCUGUUUAUACGACAAAUAUGGUGGAGCUCAAACGUUCAGAUUAUUUGCAUAUGGUGCUGCAUUAAUGUGUGUAAUUCAUUUGUUAUGUCAAAAAGUUCUGAAAGCAAAUAGAAAAUUGGGCCUGCCAAGUUACAAUUUAGAAGAAGUACAAAACAACAUCCCAUUUUAAAGAAACAGGUUUUAUUAGCGGCUCAACUGAAUACGCCAGUCCAAAUGAAGCUAUUCAUAUGCUGAUUGAUAAUUAAAUUUAUUUUUUUUCAACGUUCCUACUUUAUUGUUCCAUCUCGUUUUUACUUCAAAAAACAAAAAAAGAAAUACUUAAUUUACAGCCACUUAUACCUAGUAUAAUACUUUAUUUUGAUUUUAAGUAAUUAUUAAUGGAAUGGGUGAAUAUUAAAAUUAUUGAAACUUCUAGUAUAUAAAACAAAAUGACAAAUGGUAUGAAUUGAGCAUAAUAUUUUUUGGGAAUUAUUUAAAAUACUUUUUAAUAUAACCAAAAUUCUACCGAAUUAGGAAAUAUUUAACUUACAAAUAUUAGUAUUGCUUAUUUAUAAUCAAAACUUGCUUCUCAGUUCUUAUUAUUUAAAAUAAUUAAUUAAUUUUUAUUAGUUUAACCAUGAAAUUACGUAUUCCUAGUUAAACUUAAUUUUGCUUUCUUAGUAUCAUUAUUUUAAUUCAUUUUAUUAUAUUAUCUUGAUAUCAAUCAUAUUACACCAGGAUAAUUAUAUAAUUUGUCAGUUACACUAAAGUUGUACAUGCAAUAUUUUAAGAUUUACUAGGAAUCGAUCUUUAUUUUAUUAUUUUUUUAUAAUUUGUCGAUUAUAUAACAAAACUUUUUUCUAUUUUUAAAUUAUUCAAUAUUCACCCAAAAGUAUCAGUGUAGCUUUGGUUUUUGUUCUUACAGUAUUUUUGUAUUCAAUAUUAUAUUUACGUAACUAUUAGUUUUGGUUUAAUAUGGUGCUAUGGAUAAAUUCUGUAUUUCGCUUGAAGCACAACAUAUUUACAGGGAUAUUUAAAAAAGACACACAUCAUUAUUUUGUAUUUAUUUUUAAUCAAUUAUUACCUCUGAUUAUUAUAGGUAAGUAAUUUACUAUAUUAUUUAAGUUCUUAACGAUAUAAUUUUGGUGAUAUGGAGUAAUUCAAAGAUUCUUCACAAUUAUUGAUUAUAAUCAUCAGUAUGAAAACCUAUUUUAUUUAUGGUAUGUUUUAUUCUUUAGUAUUAGUUAUAUAAUUGAUUUGUUUUUUAUUAAAAAAAAAAUUACAUCUAAAUGUUGUGUUUAAAUGUACCUACUAUGUAUAGAACAAUUCACUUAAUCUAUAUUAAAACAAAUAAUAAUAUCCAAUGCAUUAUUUUUAACAAAAUCAAACCAGUUUUUAUAAAUAAUGUAUAAUAAU